AGACGGCAGCUACAGCUCUUUAAACUUCCUGAAAAGGUUAUCUUUACCCAUUUUCACCGUCUUCAUUUGCUGCAUGGAAGAUAUCAUUAUUAACGGCGAAUGGGAUUAUUCUUGUACUACGUUGAAGACCGUAUAUAUGGAGGACGUAGAAUCAGGCUGUCCCCGCGAGGCUCAAUGCUCACCAAAUCCCUGCGAGAACGGCGGUCACUGCACCGACAAUUGGCGCGAAUUCAAAUGCAAGUGCGAGCGUCCUUAUCUCGGUCGCACCUGUCAGUACAACAAGACCUUUGCCACCUUCGGCUACGAGAACAUUACGAACGGCUAUGUGACUGUGAAGGUUAGCGAUACGCCUAAACAGACUGUUCAGUCGUUGACUUCUCUAUGUUCAUUCGCACGCGGGAGGGCCACGGUGACAUAUUUUACCUGGGCACGGAUCCGCAGGACGAUCUGAAGCCUCAGGACAGGACGUACAUAGGAGCGUAGCUGAAGGACGGAAACUUGGGCGUGAGUUUCCAGUUUGGCAACAUCACUGACGGCUACACGUCGACGGCGCGAGGCUCAACGACGAAAACAACCAUCUCAUUCAAGUGACAAGAAACGUUACUCUCCUAGAAGUGAAGAUCAACGGCACCAAGCACUUCCGGAAGACGAUCAGCGCCACGAGAGACUUGAACGUAACCGUUUUCUACUUUGUCGGAUUACCACAAGUGUCUAGAUACAUUCGCCAGGCCGUCGAUAGCAGGCAGAUGGAGAAGGAACAGGCGCCGCAAGUUCACUUCAAAGGCAUCAUCCAGGAUGUGAUGACAUUGAACGGCACGAGAACAAUGGUCUUGGAGUUUUUUUCGCCGCAGGU